AUGUCUCGCGUGGACGUUGACAUUGACUCUCACGAGAUCUUGACCGUGUUUGAGGACAUCUACCUGGACGAGAAACCUGCGCUGAAGCGCGUGCUCUUCCAGCUGAACAUUGCCUUCCUGGUGCUGUUCACCAUCGAGAUGUUCAUGAAGUGGAUCGCGUACGGCCUGCAUCGCUACUUCACCAACUUCUGGACGAUCCUGGACGCGCGCAUCGUCACGGUGUCCGUCAUCAGCGCAAUCAUUGAGAGCAAGGAGAGUCAUCAAAGCGACUCUAACAUCGUCGCCCUGCGCUCUCUACGCACGCUGAGGGCACUGCGGCCGCUGCGAGCCAUCUCACGCUGGGAGGGCAUGAAGAUCGUGGUCAAUGCGCUGAUGUUCGCAAUCCCAUCCAUCUGCAACGUGCUUCUCGUCUGCCUCGUCUUCUGGCUCAUCUUCAGUAUCAUGGGUGUGCAGUUCUUUGGCGGAAAAUUCUUCAAGUGCCUGGAUGCGGAUGGAAACCUCUUUCCUGUGUCAAAGGUGGACACGCUGCAGGACUGCCUGCGCGGCAAUCAUUCCUGGGUGAACUCCAACGUCAACUUCGACAACGUCAUCAAUGGCUACUUGGCGCUGCUACAAGUGCGACUCUUUGUAGGCAGUCUGCAAGAGUACUGGUACAUGACGAUCGGUGGUGUGAGUUACUUACUACUAGAGCAAGAAUAG